AUUUUAUUACAUUCGAUAGCACAACAAUAUUUACAUUCGAUUGAAUGUUUUCUGCGCCUAACAGCACUUUUCAUUUAUUCAAUUUUCAUAACAAAAAACAACGCCACGGAAAUCAUUACAAAACUUUGCUGCAUGAAAAUGGAGAAGAUAUGCAGAGUUUGCAUGGGAACGUCCAGAGCAUUCACGAACAUUUUUGACCAAAAGAGGGACUCUUGCAUCGCUGACAUGAUAUCGGAGUGCACAGGGUAUGUGGUAGAGCGAGGAGAUUCACUACCAGAAAACAUCUGUCUACCCUGUCUUGACGAUGCAGUGGGUGCAUUCAACCUCAAGAAAGCCUGCGAACGGAGCUAUCGAUUCCAUCUCACAGGGAUGGAUGAGGAAAGUGAAGAAGAUAUGGGUGAUAAAACGAAUGACGAAGACUGGGAUCCGUCAGAAAGUGACAGUGAGCAAUUGAACCGUUUUGAAACCGUUCCAAUGAAACCAGUAAAUGAUACGGAUAACAGGAAUCAUCUGGAACAACCCUACAAAUGCCCAAAGUGCCCAAAAUCCUUUCAACAUAAAAACCAACACACCCUUCACAUUCGCACUCAUUUGGGUGCGGACACUGCCGACCGACCCUUCAAAUGCACCGAUUGCCCGAAGGCAUUUUCUAUAUUGUACUGCCUCAAAAUUCAUGCCCGGGAACACUCAGCUGCACGACCCUUGCAAUGUUCUCUCUGCUCGAAGUCAUUUAAAGGAAGGGCGGAUCUUCAAGCACACAACCGUACGCAUAAAGCUACAUCUAAAUUUGAUGGAGGCACCACUCCUCACAUUCGUGGUACACCCUAUGAAUGCCCUCACUGCUUAAAGCUAUUCAAAAUUAAACAAAGUCUUCAGGUGCAUAUGCGCUCUCACACUGGGGAGCGACCGUACAAGUGCACCCAGUGCCCAAAAACAUUUAGAUACAAAGACAAAACCUACCAAACCCACAUAAUUUCUCACGCGAACGAUGAAAAGCAUGCGAUCCGGCACUCUUCGAGAUUACAUUCGAAAUUGCUGGUGGAGUCCCUUCCCAAAGAAAUGUAACAUACAACAUUUCGGACAACAAUAAACAUUAUUUAUUUGAUGACUUCUAUUGAAUUCAAUAGCGAUUCCACAACACACCUGCACUCCCAGCGAGGAACGACUGCAUAGGUGUUCUUACUGCAUACAAUCUAUCAGUGAUAAAUCUAAAUAUGUAUUACACACCCGUACUCACAAAGGUGAACGACCAUGCGACUACUGUCAAAGUCAUUCAGAGGAAAUUCGAAUCUCCAGGUGCACAAGCGUUGUCACACCGGGGAGCGACCUUACAAGUGCACCCACUGCUCAAAAACAUUUAGAUACAGAAACAAAAGCUACCACAGCCACAUACUUACACACAUGAGCAAUGGAAAAGUGUCAAAAUAUUAAAUUUGAUUAAAUAUGCCCAUAGUUGUUAGAUUCCUA